GGACAGGUAAGUAAGUGUACAAUCAUGUCCCAUCCCUGUCACUAGUUGCCUGUGGCUUUUCUUCAUGGACUGAAUGGUUUAUGCCAUCCAUCCGACUUCUUCGAUCUGAUGACACUCACUGACGACGUUCAUGCUAAGCACAGAAUACGGUCCCUGUGUCUGUCUCCGACCUCCGACUCUGUUCCUGAUACUCAAACUCUUCCAUGGUCAUCGACGGUGUCCCCGAUCCUCAACCCGGUACUCGACCCUCGGCGUUUUCCCCGCCACCAAACGCCAGGAUUCAGACCCAAUAGACGGAGGAGUGAUAUUGGAGGAGUUCUUGACGGACUUCUCAGGGUCACGUGGUCCGUCAGGCUGCCACUCUCACCACCUCCAACAGCCUCCACCACCUCAACAACUUCUACCGCCUUCAACAACUUCCACCACCACUAUCGACACCAUCGUCUCGUCAACACCACCAUCGGAGCCAUCCUCUCGUCACCAUGACAGCCUACACCAAUGCGCCACAUGUGUUGCCCGAUUCACUUGCAUCAUCUGCAUCAGUUGCCUCGCGAUGUCUCAACCCCCGUUUCUGCAUCGGUGCGGACGAGUAACGGCAAGCCCUCAAAAUCGUCGACGAAACAAAGUCGCGAACCGUGGUGACACAAGAGGCUGACGUCCGGAGAUCGAAGCCUUGAAGGAAACACUGUUCAAUGGACGACGAGCAGCAUGAGCCGAUGCCUCGCUCCGAGAUGCAAGUGUACCCUUGUUGCUAUUUGUACAGACCAGACUGACCUGCCUCAUAGAAGGUGGUGGGAAACAAGGACAAAGUGACAGAGACAUCGAUAAUCCGAGUGACAAAAGACGAUCUGAAGAGCAAGUGUUUGUUGUCGAGAGGGAAACAGAGUCUCGAGGCUGGCGUCUUGGCGAGCUCCACUACGACGCCCCCUGCGGCCGAAAAGAAGGCCAAAACCAAGCUUUGUCUUUUCAACC